AUGCCUAGCAACCAAAAUCUAUACAGAUACGUAGCAGUCGCUGCUGCUGUUGGAAUUUCUGCAGCGGGUUUGUACUAUUUGCUGUGGCGCAGGACGAGCUCGAAAAAGAAGAAGAGCUUGUCCGUAAAGGAGUUAAAAGAUUUGGGUAACAAACUCUUUGCCGCCAAAAAAUAUGCAGACUCCAUUCGUAUUUUUUCCAAGGCCAUUGCUACGGGCGACAAUGAUAAUUGCGACCUUCUCAAAGCGAUGUGCUACCAGAACAGGGCUGCUGCCAAAGAGCACCAUGGCGGCUACAACGUGGAUGAUAUGCUCAGCGAUUGCGAUCAGGCACUGAGCUGCAACCCUCGUUACGCUAAGGCUUACUUCAGAAGGGCACGUCUUCUCGAGAUGAAGAAGGAGCACAUGCCUUCCCUGAUAAGCUUGUUUUGUGCUACUCAGCUUGAUCCCGCUCUCGAUACUCAGUCAAGUCAACUUUUGCCUGUGCUGCUAGACGAACUGGAGAAACGAGCGCAUCAGGAAUGGCUUGAUGAUCCUUCAAAUCGCGGAAAUAUUAAGCAUGUCCGUCAUGAAAAGGUCUACAGUUGGCUACAUAAAACCGUGAUGUCUGACUGUAUUCGUCGUGACGUUCUCACUUUGCAGACUUCUGCCGACUCGCCUUACGUGAAAGGCAUUGAGUUGAUCCGCAGCAAAAAUUAUGACGAUGUCGCAGAAGUUGUUGUGCAAGAAAAUGGAUCAUUUGUGAUGGAGGCUCAGAUCCUUGCAGCUCGUUUCUAUUUCUAUCGCAAUCAGCUGGAUUCAUUUUCAUCUUGUAUGGAUAAGUUUGAUGCUUUGUAUGGGGCGUUGUCUGAUGAGGAAAAGGAAAAGAAAGAAGAAUUGCUCAUCGCAAAGCACAUCCUCCUCAUCGAAUCAGGUCGUACAGCCGAGGAACUCAAGAAGGCCUUGACAAGCGCCACUGAGGCAUUCAAAAAACCGAUUCCGGACUUCAGUGUCAUGGCCGCCUUCCGCUACGUCCUUUGCAAUGAGAUAUCCCAAGCAAUGGACCUACUGUCUGCUGAAGAAGUGCCUACAACAAACAUGAAGUUACUGCUCCUCACGUUGCAAAUCCUGAGAAAUGCCAAUCGUGAGGACAACACUCCUGACAUGGCUUUGCUGCAUAGUAACAUCCUGCAGUUGGAGAAUUUCAUAACUGCUACGUUUAGCAGCGAUGCCGCUGCUCGUAACAUUUCUGAUGAAAUUCUGAAGAUGGAGCCGGGAGAGUCUAUUCAUUACUUUGACCGAAGCUGCAUGUCUUCAUCUGGAAAAGAUGCCAUGGAAUACCUCGAAAAAUGUAUGGAAAUUGAGCCGUUUCACCCUGAAGCUAAUCUCAUGUUUGCUAGCUUGAUGAUGAAUGAGAUCGGAUCAAGGGCGGUUACGCCGUGA